CACCAGAAAUGAGGGUUAUGUUUUAUUUAUUCCUGAUGCUCAAUGUUGGUCGUUGCUCAGAUGAACAGACUUUCGAGACAAAGACUGUUUACGUUGGGGAGAAUAUUAACCUGACGUGCCCACGUAGAGAUGUAGGAACCUUGUUUUGGCUCAAGCUUGUUUCUGGAGAUUUUCCUAAAAUCUUAGGAAGAUCAUUUAGCUCUCAGAGUGCUGAUCAGCGCAUUAGAACUGUAACAGAUCCUGGAAUAUUUGAUCUGUAUAUUACAAAAGCACAGCAGAGUGAUACAGGAGUUUACAUCUGUAUGAAAACAGCAAAUCGAGAACUAACAUUUUUGAAUGGAACCUACUUAAAAGUUCAAGGACCUGAGCCUCCUUUCACUACAGCUCCUCCACCUGAUUCUGUCCAUCAGGAACACACAGUCAAUCUUCAAUGUUUGGUCCUCCAUGACUUCCAGAAUAAAACAUGUCCAGUAGAUGACAACGUGUUCUGUUUGAGUGCAGAACCACAUCAAUCUAACCCGGGCUCUAAUUAUACUCAUGUGAAUGGUGGAGAUGAAUAUGAAAGGAACUCAGAGGCACUCUCCACAAAAACAUGUUUCUACAGCUACUUCAGAAACUUCAGCUCUUCUGAUUCUCAGACGUAUUACUGUGCUGUGGCCACAUGUAUGGAGUCUUUUUCUCGAAAUAAAACAACAGGCGAUGCUGAAGGUAAUUGA